UACUCCGUGUUCUCCUAUCCGUCCGGCGGCUCCACGCUGAAGGGCCAAACCGCACUGGUGCCUUUUCCGUUAUGGCCGACUCCAACCUCCCCUCUGCCGGCUCGCUGGGAGUGCUUAAAACGAUCAUCCUGUUCCUCCAAAGCCACGAUUUCCCCGAAGCCGCCGACGCGCUUAAAAUGGAGGUCGAAUCUUCGGGCUUCAAUCUUGCCGCGGUUCCUGCCAAGUCGGUUAUGCUGAGACGGUGCAAAUGCUCCCGCAACGUCGCCAAUCAGACCGACCUCGAGCGCCACCUUAACGGUUUUCUGGAAGGCACAUUCGAGGGCGAGCCCCAGCAACUCAAAGACGAUGGCGUUCACGUGGUGUACGUUUGCGACCACCAGAGUCCGAACAGCGUCCGACCAAAAGAUAGCGAAUGGAGUGCGAAGUCGGACAUCUGCCAGCUCAAGAACAAAUUCAGCCAAUUGCAUCGCGAGCACCAGAGACUGAUCGCCGUGACGUCAGAGCUAACUAGUACGAUCCAAUUGAACGUCGUGAGCCAGACGGAGAACAUCUCCAGCGCCCUCGAACAAUGCAAAACGAUAUACCCAGGCCUCUUCACUGAUCCGAGACACAAUCAAACACCCCUGAUGGUAAUCAAAAGUGAAGAAACGACACCAAAUCCGCCCGAAGAGCCGUUAAAUUUGGAAACGCUGGAGUCUCGCACACCGCUCACCCCGGAAACGGUGAGGAAGGUUUUGGAUACCGUCUUCGAUAGGAUUUUCGCUCCGGAGCCGUCCAGGUCGGUUCGAAGCGCCCCUCUACAUCGCGGGGAUGUGCAGAAGAUCGUCGACGAUGUUUUGGACGACGUAGCGGCGUCCCCUGUCAAAAUUGACGGCUCGGGGGAGGGGGGCGCUUGGCGUGGGGGCCGUUGGUUCGAAAUCGACUACGCAAAGGUCAAGCGGGACCUCUUAAAUUCGGACAGUCAGCAGAAGGUUAAGAUCUUGCAAGCCCUGCGAUGGAGGGUGACCAAAUCCGAUUUGACGGAACGGCAAAGGACGAUGGAAUCAUUUGCGCAAAACGACAUUUUCGAAUUGCGUCGUGACGUCAGUGUGCCCGAAAGGCUGACGACCGAAGACCCACGCGUCCAGGAAUCGGUGUUCAGACUGAUCAACGCCAUGGCGUCGCUGCGUCACGGUCGCGACUAUCUCACCACCGACGACAAGAUCCUCAAACGGACGCUCCUGAAGAUGGCCCGCGACAUCAGGACGAUAUCCUCGAGCGUCGUCAGGGAUAUGCUCGUCGCCAGCAUUCAGAAGCUGUCGAUACGAAAGCAGUGUCGCGCAGCGAUAGUGCGCGAAGGCCUGCUCGAACUCCUGGUGGACUACUUGGACGACUUCUACGACGUGUUGUCCAAAUAUUGCCUCGAGUACGCCACCGCGCUACUUAUGAACUUAUGUCUGGUGGAUGAGGCCAAGACGAGGGCUGCGAAAAUGUCCAAGAAGGUGGUGGCGAUGUUAAAGAAGUUCCUCGACGGCGACAAGACGUAUUGCCUGCAUUACGUCAACGCCGUCAUGUUCAGUUUGUUGGAGAGGCCGGAGCUGGUAGAUGAGGCACUCCACCAGGACCUGGACAAGACAGUAGUCAGGCUUAUUAGGACCACGGCUAACGACAACGUCAGGAAACAGUUGGACUUUAUAGUGCAGUGCCGGCUCUUGGGGAGGCAAGAUCCCGCCGUGGAGGCGAAAGAGCCCAAACCCUGCGAAGAGGUGGACCUUUUGGAGGCCGAGCUCGAUCAAGACGACAUUGACACCUCGCCCCCUCGAGGCGAGGAUUUCUUGGAGGGGUACCGAUCUCCGGAGCUUCACCUGGGGUUGCCUUCGUCCGCAAGGACCUUCAGCGAGGAAACCAAGCAGCUCCACCACAAACCGUCGUCGGAGAGGGGCAUCUUCGACGCGGGUCAGCCCAAAACGUUCGACAACCCCCGCGGGCUGAUACGUCACUUCAUGAACAACAAAACCAACAGGGUGGGCGGAUCUAGGUGGCCCUCCACGCCCAUCUGCUACAUGGAGCCCCUCCAGCCGCUAAGAGCCGAUCAAAGCAGGUACAGUUGCGGCUGCUACGACGCCAUCCGCAAGGAGGUGGCCGAAGACGGCUUGAACGAGUUCGAAACGUCGACCGCUCGCCGUCGAGAUGGUGGUAGCGGGCCGUGCGGCGUGUGCGGGGACAAAGUCUGCGACUGCGCGUUCGAGCCCAGGCCGAAACUGUGCCGAACCCCGACUGUUUCGUAGUUUGUCCGAUUGUAUAAAUAAAAAAAAAUGAAAGC